AACGUCAGUAACGUUCGGACCGGCGCGGCGUGCCAAUUGAAUCGAUAAGAGAAAGUGUUAAAAAAGAAAAGUGGUUUCGGUUCAGUCUGUACGGACCACUAAAACGUCGAGAAUCUACCUACGUGAUCGUGAACUGUUUUAAAAAUUGAACAAAGUAAUUGAAAGUUUAUGGAAAGACUUACAAACACAAAAAAUAAAGAUCAGAAAUGUUAACGGUUGUGAAAACAAGCUUCACGUUUUGCUUUUUAGAUUCGAGUCAGGUUCGAUAGUUAUAGACGUUAUAAUUACUAUAUCGAGUAUAGUUAAGAUUAGUGUAGCUGCAGAUACCGAAAAUGAUUUGAAUCUAAGAGUCGAAAUGCGUGGUGUCUGCAAAUAUCAUAAUUGUAAAUAUAAUUGAUUAUAAGACUGCAGAUGCUUAUGCAUUUAUGGUAAAGAGGAAUAUGGGUAAAUCUAUGAGAGUAUGAAUAAAUGUAAAAAUAUGUAAGAUAUCAACAAUGAUAUAUAUGUUGCACCGUUUAGAAGAUUCUGAAGAUGGUUCAAAUCUAAUAUUCGAAACCAGGACUACCUGUAAACAUUGCAAUUAUAAUUAAUAUUACAAAUACAGUUAUGAAAUUGACAGAUACCAUAAAAAGACUCAAAUCUAGUAGCUAGAGUGUCUAAAAUAAAUUAAAGCUUCUUCUCGAUGAAGAAAUAAGAAGCAAGUGGAACGCUCUUCGUGCACAAAUGGCGGAGCUGUCUUUGGAGAUUGUUACGUAAACACAGUGAUCGAGGCAGCGCCGAUCGAAGGCACAGGAUGUACUUAAUUGUUGGCCCAUGGAUUGUGUCAAAUAAAUAAAGUGUGAACUGUCGGGUCACGAGACCGAGCGUUCGUCGUCCGUCGAAUUUAGUUCGAAGACAAACUCACGAUAGGACAAUAUGGCUACGUUAAUGGUAGCCGAUUACGUUGUGAUCGUUUUGAUGAUGCUCGUCAGUUCGGGAAUCGGUGUGUAUUAUUGGCUCACGGGCGGCAAACAAAAGUCGACAGAGGAGUAUUUCGUGGCGGACAGAUCCAUGCGAGUGACGCCGAUUGCGAUAGGUUUAACGGUUUCGUACCUAUCCGCGGUCAGUUUGCUGGGAGUGAGUUCAGAAACUUACGUUUAUGGUACCCAGUACGCCAUAAUCAGUAUUGCCUACGGGCUGUCUACUCCGUUCGCCGCUCACUUGUACCUGCCAGUGUUCUUUAAACUUGGAACGACCAGCGCUUUCGAGUAUUUGCAAAAACGUUUCGGCACAGCUGCCAGGCUGGCGGCGAGCCUCGCGUUUCAGCUCCAACUGUUAUUGUACAGCGGAGUGGUGCUGUACGCUCCAGCGCUCGCCUUGGAAGCCACCACCGGUAUCUCGAGGACCGCGAGCGUAAUCGGCAUAGGAUUGGUCUGCACGUUUUAUUCGACGAUCGGCGGUAUCAAGGCAGUCAUCAUUACGGACGUAUUUCAGAGCCUGCUGAUGUUGACAGCCGUUAUCUUGGUGAUCCUCACAGCAGCCGUGAAUGUCGGUGGACUCGAUCAGAUCUGGGAGAUCGCUUACCAGGGAUCGAGGAUCGAAUUUGACAACAUUUCAAUGGACCCAACGGUACGACACACCUGGUGGAGCUUGAUGUUUGGCGGUUUCUUCACCUACCUCUCCUUGUACGGCAGCAACCAAGUUCAAGUUCAGAGAAUGUUAACCCUCAAAGACGUGAGAAGCGCCCAGCUGGCAAUCUGGUGGUCCUGGCCAAUGUCGUCCCUCAUGUCGUUGGGCCUCUGCUUUUCCGGUUUAGCGAUAUACACGAAAUAUCGGAACUGCGACCCCCUGGCAAUCGGAAGGAUCGACUCGAGCGAUCAAUUAAUGCCUCUUUACGUGAUGGACAUGCUCUCCGGGUAUCCAGGUGUACCCGGCCUCUUUAUAGCAGGCAUUUUCAGCGCUGGAUUGAGCACUAUCUCCGCCACGGUGAAUUCCAUGGCUGCCGUUAUACUCGAAGAUUUUAUCAAACCCAUUUGCCGGAAAAAUGACAGAGACAUAAGCGUGAAAGGAUCGAUCAUCAUUAGCAAGAUUUUGGGUGUCAUAGUUGGCCUGGCUUGCAUAGCUCUGGCGUUCAUAGGACAGCAUCUCGGCGGACUCCUUCAAGCUGCGCUGACGAUCUUUGGAGUGGUCGGUGGGCCUGUUUUAGGUCUCUUCUCCCUUGGAAUGUUCACAACGACAGGCAAUCAAAAAGGAGCAGUUAUUGGUAUUCUGGCUGGUCUGAUUUUUUCUCUGUGGAUCGGGUUCGGUCAACCGAAACCACCGAUUCCAAAAUUGGAUGUCUCCACGUCCGAAUGCAACGCCACUGCGUUUUACAAUUACAAAGAACCUCCCAAUUUGCAUUUGGACACACUGCAGACCCACGAUGAAUCAUACUUCUACCUGUACCGUCUUUCGUACAUGUGGUAUUGUCCACUCGGGUCCGUCAGUACGUUCCUGGUAGGAUGGAUCGCCAGCUGGAUCGUGAACCUAAUCACUCGAGAAGAAUCUAAGGAACUCGAUCCCAAUCUUUUCAUUCCUAUUAUUGCGUCGCGAAUGCGUAAAGAACAGUCGUCCAAAGUAGAGAUGUUCGACUCUUGUAGAACGAUCGAUACUGGGCUCGAUCUUGGAUCGAAGCAAUUAGAGUCGAGACAUUGAAAUGAUUGAAUCUUAGAAGAUUCGAAAAAUCGUUCCUUUAGGAACUAAUUGUACUUCGUAUAUGUACAUAAUUUGAAAUCUCUAUUAUGUAAAUCGUAGUUUAUAUAAAUAACAGUAUAAGUUGUAAUUUACUUUCUAUUUCUUAUCGUUAUAAUUGUUAUAAUAAAACGAUUAACCUG